AUGGAUACUAACCCAACACACCUGAUGGUAAUGGAUACUAACCCAACACACCUGAUGGUAAUGGAUACUAACCCAGCACACCUGAUGGUAAUGGAUACUAACCCAGCACACCUGAUGGUAAUGGAUACUAACCCAGCACACCUGAUGGUAAUGGAUACUAACCCAGCACACCUGAUGGUAAUGGAUACUAACCCAAACACACCUGAUGGUAAUGGAUACUAACCCAACACACCUGAUGGUAAUGGAUACUAACCCCAGCACACUGAUGGUAAUGGAUACUAACCCAGCACACCUGAUGGUAAUGGAUACUAACCCAGCACACCUGAUGGUAAUGGAUACUAACCCAGCACACCUGAUGGUAAUGGUACUAACCCAGCACACCUGA